AUGAAGACGACCGUCGCAGUUGCAGCCAUCGCGCUGUCCCUGUUCGGACUCUUCCCGUUCGUCACAGUCGCCUUACCGGUAGCCGGAGAAGGACAAAAUGAAAGUGUGACGACUGCCACCGAAAUCCAAAGCACUACCGUUCUACCUGUAGAUACCACGACCGAGAGUGUGUCCCCGACUGCCAUCGAAGCAGUAGAGUCCACGACCGAGAAUGCGGACCAGACCACCUCCGCUGUACCUACAAACACCACGACCGAAAUUGUGAACGAGACCACUACCGAACCAGCAGAGACCACGACCGAGGAUGUGGUCCAGACCACCACCGAAGAUGUGGUCCAGACCACCACCGAAGAUGUAGUCCAGACCACCACCGAGGAUGUGGUCCCGACCUCCACCGAACCGUUAGAACUGACCACCAGUGAAGCAACAACGGUUGUAAAUAACACGUUGCCUGCAGAAGUUAUCAAGGACAAGUUGAGCGAACAGAUCAGAAAAAUUCUGAAACACUACCAGCACCCUGACCCCGUUGGCUUCCCAGGCGCCCCAAUUCCCGAUCCACUAAGCAUACCCUCAAUGAACAAAGAUUUUGGAGUGGCUUACAUGACGUUCAAAAACAUGACCGUACACGGACUGUCCAAGUUCAAAGUAGAAAACGUCAACACCGACUUGAAAAACAUGCGAGUGUACGUGCUUUUGAAAAUCAGACGAAUGUACGUGCUGGGCAACUACACGCUGAGGUCGUGGCUGAGCCGACCGGCGUCGGGCCCGUUCAACGUGACGCUCAUCGAAGUGGAAGCCGCCGCCGAGGCUGCACUCGAACCGGACGCUGACGGCAACCUGCAGGCCACCGAGACAGAGAUGGACAUGCAGUUCAAGGACUGCGAGCUGGACUUCAAGAACCUCGGGUUCGCCGCUUCCAUGAUGCAGGGCAUCAUCAGCUCGAUGGGAUCGGUGCUGUUCGAGGGCAUCAAGCCGUUCAUCAUCAACGAGGUGAACACCAAUCUGCGGGCGGACGUCAACGCCCAGGUGAAGGCCAUCACUAGCAAGCUGCCCAAGAUGACGGUACCAGUCCCAGACCUGGCGGUGGCCGAGGGCCGGAAGUACGUCCAGCGGAUGGGCUAUGACCCGUACCACGUCGAGGACCGGCACAUCGACGAGGGCCCUCUCAACUUCACGAUCACCGAGCUCACCGUGUCCGGGCUGUCCAACUUCCAACGGGUGGGUGACAUCGGGCUGCAGAUCCGCGGCCCUGUGCUUCAGAUGGCCCUGCACGUCAUCACCGGCUCUGUCAACGGGUCGCUGCGGUGGAACUACCGGCUGGGCCUAUCCAAGACGUUCAGCCGGACGGGCGUGUCCAACUUCACCGUAGACCACAUCCAGGUCCGGGCGCUGGUUAACCAGACGCUGGACAUCCGCAACAAGCCGGUGCUGGAGAAGCUCGACAUCGAGGUGGGCAAGAUCGAGGUGCAGAUGGACAGGAAGGAGCCGCUCGACUUCGUCAUCGAAAUAGCAGUCAAUUCACUGCCGUCUCUGUUGCGGCACAUCAUCGUCGACGCACUCGAGGAGCCCAUCAAGGCGAAGGCACAGACCAUACUGGACGACGUCCAAGUCGAGAAAAUGGUCGAGGACAGGCUGCCCGAACUCGACCGGAUUGUCGGUGAUUAA